AUGGCUCGCGGACCGAAGAAGCAUCUAAAGCGUCUAGCAGCACCAAAGCAUUGGAUGCUGGACAAAUUGGGAGGAGUGUUCGCUGUUCGACCACGAUCCGGACCACAUAAGCUACGAGAAUGUCUUCCUCUAAACUUGUUCCUCCGCAACCGUCUGAAGUACGCUUUGAACUACGCUGAAGUGAAGAAAAUUUUGCGUCAAAGAGUUAUUAAAGUUGACGGCAAGAUCCGUACUGAUCACAAGUUCCCAGCUGGAUUCAUGGAUGUAAUCAGCAUUGAACGUACUAACGAGACUUUCCGUCUUCUGUACGACGUGAAAGGUCGCUACACUGUCCACAGAAUCACUGCCGCGGAGGGACAGUUCAAGCUUUGCAAAGUUAAGGCUUUACAUGUGGCUAAACAGAACAUCCCUUACAUCACUACCAACGACGGACGUACCAUCAGAUAUCCUGACCCACAUAUUAAGGUUAACGACACUGUCGUCAUCGAUCUCACUUCUAACAAGAUCACCGACUACGUUAAAUUCGAAGCUGGAAAUCUCGCCAUGAUCACAGGCGGUAGGAACGUUGGUCGUGUUGGUGUCAUUGGUCAUCGUGAGAAGCUGCCUGGUGCCUUCGACAUCAUUCAUGUGAAGGAUGCUGCUGGUCACUCCUUCGCCACACGUGUCUCCAAUGUGUUCGUUAUCGGAAAGGGCAACAAGGCUCUCGUCUCAUUGCCUGCUUCCAAGGGUAUCCGUCUCACAAUUGCUGAAGAGAGAGACAAGCGAUUGGCUCAAAAGAAAGCUUAA